GGGCGGGCAGGCCAAUCUUGACUUAUCCAGUCUUCAGGAUCCCUCUCCUUUAUCAUUUGUUCAUCCGCUCUGCACUUUCUUUCAUUGCCUAUCUUUUCUGGCUGGCAAAAAAAGAAAAGAAAAGAACCAGCCAUGCUCCGUCAACUCACGGCCCUUGCAGCCCUUCUGGCCACGGCCAAUGCCUGGCUCCCCGACGAGAGCCCCAAGGCACGCAUGACAUCUCGUGGCCUCGAGCUGGUCCCUGCAGCCGAGCAGGUCAAUGCCACCGAGUUCGAGGAGGCCGCCAUCGUCAACGCCCGCAAUGGCAAACACCGCCGCUGGACACCCGGCCGCGUGCCCCUCCGCGGCGUCAACCUGGGCAGCUUGUUCGUGUACGAGCCGUGGCUCGCCGAGCCCGAGUGGAAAGACGCCAGCCGGAUGGACUGCGGCGACUCAAAGUCCGAGUUUGACUGUGUGAUCCGCCACGGCCAGACCAAGGCCAACCAGAAGUUCCAGCAGCACUGGCAGGACUUCAUCCCCGAGUCCGAGUUCGACCUCAUGGUCGCCGCGGGCAUCAACACGGUCCGCAUCCCCAUCGGGUACUGGAUGUACGAUGCCAUCAUCGAGCCCAACAGCGAGCGCUUCCCCCGCGGCGGCCUGGAGCACCUGAAGCGCAUCUGUGGCUAUGCCAGCGACCGCGGCUUCUACAUCUUUCUCGAGCUCCAUGGCGCACCUGGCGCCCAGAAAGCCCAAGAGGCCUUCACUGGGCAAUACGCCCCGACACCAGGCUUCUACAACGACUACAACUACGGCCGGGCCACCCAGUUCCUCUCGUGGCUGACCGAGGUCGUCCACCGCACAGGCGAGGGCAGCGACGACCGCAUGCGCAACGUGGGCGCGAUCGGCGUCGUCAACGAGCCCCUCAGCUGGGAGAACCAGGUCGACUCUCUCCGCCGCAAGUUCUACCCGGACGCCUACAACGCCAUCCGCGCCAAGGAGUCGCAGCUGGGCAUCCCGCGCAACGACGCCCUGCACGUCGGCUUCAUGAACACCCUCUGGGGCUCCGGCAACCCCAAGGAGUUCCUUCCCUCGGGAGCCUUCAGCACCAUCUUCGAGGACCACCGCUACGUCAAGUUCGACCCUUCGGUCCCCAAGACCCACGACGACUACAUCCGCGACGCGUGCACCAACGACCGCAGCUCGCCCGGCGAGGAUCCCACCGUCGUCACGGAGUGGAGCAUCUCGCCCCCGGACGAGAACACGAGCUACUGGGACCGCAGCGACGCCAACAAGGCCUUCUUCCAGAAGUGGUUCCGCGCCGCCGUCAUCGGGUACGAGCGCUUCACGCUCGGCUGGACCUUCUGGACGUGGAAGUACCAGUCCGACGACUGGCGCUGGUCGUACAAGGGUGCCCUGGACGCCGGGGUCAUCCCGUGGGAUCUCAACACCGUUGCCUCGUCGGGCGCUUGUAACGGCUACAUCUGAGCAGUUGGCUGCGUCUGUGGUGGCGGUGGUGGUGGGGAGGCUUUGCUGGCGCUACAAGUGUGACAUGCUCUUGUAAACGAAUGUAGCAUGGUUGUUCAAGAGCUCCAGCUCUGCUCUGCCCGUAGGCUUUGGGCCAGGCAUCAGCCGCCAUUGCAGAUUCGCUCGUCGUUCAGUGUCUGUCCGUUGUUUCUAGUUCAGUUUGUAUAUACUUCGUACAUAUGACCGUUCGAAACCCGUUGCUUUCUGUCUGCUUC